GCUUGUGUAUGCGUAUGUACCUAUAAAGGCUCCAAAACCUUGCACAUAUAAUUGCCUAAAUAUUGCUUUUGAAUGCAAUGGUUUGGAACACAGUGGGCGAAGACACAUUGAUAGACCCAUUUUUCUCCUAACUUCACUGUAUAUUUCAAACAUGCAAAUGGAAAUUGAAGGAAACCAUGAGAUUAAGAUGGAGGCAAAAUGCUACAAGCCCUUUUGGAGGCCAGUGAAUUCCAAUAACAUAUCUUCAAGGAAUAAGUGCUCAAAUAGUGAUUCUGAUGAGAGAAUUAGGGAAGAUGUGUUGGACUCUUCAUCAAAAUUGAGCCACCAUUCUAAGCUGGAUAGUGGAAGUAUAAAGGGCUGUUCCGACAUCGGCAAGAAACCGUUGCCGAGUUUGGAGCUUAAAAGAUCAUUGAAGCAUGAGAUUAUACAACUCGAGCAACGACUACAGGACCAGUUGGUGGUGCGUGGCGCUCUAGAAAAAGCCUUGUUAUAUAGGCCUUCUGCGAUUAGUUUGUCAAAUGAUACCUCAGUGCCGAAGGCCACCGAGGAACUGAUAAGGGAGAUCGCUUUACUAGAAUUAGAGGUGAUGCACUUGGAGCAGUAUCUCCUCUCGCUCUACCGAAAAGCUUUUAGUCAGCAAAUAUCAACCUUAUCUCCGACUAAUAAAGACACAUCAGAGCAGCCUCUGACUGCUCGGUCAGGGCAAUGUCAAGAAACAACAGGAAAUGCCAACUCGUCCAAAAGAGAAAGUCCACCGAUUCUCUCUAGCAGUAGACAAAUUCUGAUGAAGCCGACUGAUCCGCCAACAAAACACUCUCCUGUAAUUUGCCAAGAGACGCAGCAAGAAGGCGCUCGUGUUCAGCGUAGCCAUUCUUCAGUCUCACAGCGUGCGGCGUGUUCGGCUAGAAUAUCUCCAUCACAAGAAAGCCUCAAAAGAGCUCUUCACUCAUUCUAUUCGCAACCGUUAUCUUUUCCUAAGGAAGGCGAGAAUUCAAAUUCAAGGGCGGUGAGCUUAGCUGAUCAUCUGGGUAAAAAUAUAGACGAUCACAUUCCUGACACUCCUAGUAGAAUUUCAGAGGAUAUGGUUCGGUGCAUGGCUGCAGCAUAUUACAAGCUUGCGGAUACACCUUUGGAUCGUAAUGGCCCCUUAUCAUCCCCUACUUCAUCCUUCUCGUCAAUAAAUGCAUUUUCUCCACAAUACAUUGGAGAUAUGUGGAGUCCAAUGCGCAAAAAAGAAUCUAUUCUUGAUACUUGGAUGAUAAAUGCAUUCGGGAUAGAAGGAUUGAGAGAACUCACCGGACCAUACAAUGCCAUGUUAGAAGUGACUUCAAUUUCCCGGGACCGUGGAAAAUUGAGAGAUGUUCAAGACUUGCUUAAAAAUUACAAGUCGAUGGUUCGGCGAUUGGAAACAGUUGAUCCGAGAAAGAUGAAGAAUGAUGAAAAGCUUGCCUUUUGGAUCAACAUACAUAAUGCUUUGCUAAUGCAUGCAUAUUUGGAAUAUGGCAUUCCACCAAAUAACUUGAAAAAGAUGUCUAUGCUCGUGAAGGCUACAUGUAUCGUAGGUGGUCGCUCUAUAAAUGUAGCCACGAUCCAGGGUUUGAUUCUUGGAUGCCAUACACACUGUCCAGGACAGUGGUUACGCUUAUUACUGCAUGCGCGGAUGAAGAAUAAAGCAGGAAAUAAGUUGGGAGACUAUGCUAUUGAGCAAUAUGAACCUCUUUUGCAUUUUGCACUUUGCUCAGGAAGCCAUUCUGAUCCUGCGGUAAGAGUAUAUACUCCAAAGAGAUUAGCUCAGCAACUUGAAACUGCGAAAGAAGAGUUCGUUCGCGCGACUGUUGGUAUCUGGAAAGAACAAAAGAUCCUUCUGCCGAAGCUCAUAGAGUCUUAUGCAAAAGACAUAAAAUUAACUUCCCAAGGUUUGAUCCAAAUGGUUCAUCGUUACCUCCCAGAAAAUUUAAGAACCGCCGUGUAUAAAUGCCAGCAAGGGCGAUCGAACCAGAUUGUCGAAUGGGCACCUUAUAAUUUUAAUUUCCGAUAUCUGCUUCCGAGGGAAUUGACAUUUCCUCCUACAAACUGACACCAGACAUUGGUAUACUGGGGGACAAAGGAACCAAAUGAAUUGUAUUUGGCAUGAGCUGAUUGUUUAUUCUUGUUUUUCUUUUCUUUUCUUUUUUUCAUUUUUGCAGUUGUUCUUUUGGGUUCUCUGAUCAAGAAGAGUUGGUAUAUGUGUAAAUAGAGUCUGUGUACAUUGAAAUUAUUGUACAAAACCAACUGUUAAAGGAAACAAUUUUUCAUUUUUGGUA